CAAGAUGGCUGCGAAGCCACGCCCACUCUACGGCGGCAGGGAGAGACCGCGUUUCCUUGGCGCAAGCGCAAUCGCGGCGUGACUAAGAUGGAGGUCGGGGCAGCGCCGCCGCCGUUCUGGGCCGGGGGCCCGGCCCCGGGACAAACGUACAUCCCCCGGGCUCUGGGACACACCGACAUCGCUCCCCGGGGCACCGGCACCGGGCCCGCCGCGCUGCCCGCCGGCCGCACGCUGAGCCCCAUGGUGACCGGGACGUCGGUGCUGGGGCUGAAGUUCUCCGGGGGGGUGAUGCUGGCCGCGGACACGGUGGGAUCCUUCGGAUCCCUGGCGCGGUUCCGGGGCAUCUCCCGGCUCCUCAAGGUCAACGACUCCACCGUGCUCGGAGCCUCCGGGGACCUGGCGGAUUUCCAGCACCUGCGGCAGCUCCUGGAGCAGAUGGUGAUAGACGAGGAGCUGCUGGGGGACGGGCACAGCUACAGCCCGCGGGCGCUGCACUCGUGGCUGACGCGGGUCCUGUACAACCGGCGCUCCAAGAUCAACCCCCUCUGGAACACCGUGCUCAUCGCCGGCGUCUACGGCGGGGAGAGUUUCCUGGGAUAUGUGGACAUGCUGGGCGUGGCCUACGAGGCGCCGUCGUUGGCCACGGGAUUCGGGGCUUACCUGGCCCAGCCGCUGCUGCGGGCGGAGCUGGAGCGGGAGCGGGAGCGGCUCCCGACGCGGGAGGAGGCGCGGGAGCUGCUGGAGCGCUGCCUCAAGGUGCUCUACUACAGGGACGCUCGCUCCUUCAACAGGUACGAGGUCGCCACGGUGACGGAGAAGGGCGUGGAGCUGGAGGGACCCCUGACCCUGGAGGCCAACUGGGACAUCGCCCACGUGGUCAGAGGUUUCGAGUGAUCUCCAGGAGCUGCUCCGGCCUCGUCAAAUCCCCAUUUUUAUCCUUCCCUCUGGAAUGGCAAAUCUGGCAUUUUUUGGGAAUAAAAUCGAUUGUUUAAGACCAA